AUGUCCAAGAACACAGACCAUCCUGGGGAACAUUUUCUUGUGCUCGGACUAUGCAGGGGGAUGAUCGCACCUUUCUCUAGAAAGAGAGGAUCCUUACCGGCCGUCUUGCACAACCCGCCCGAUACUCACCCCCCACAAGACGUGCCGAUCGUGUGUUUGGCCACGAUCAAUAUAUUUUUGGAGUGUGACUCUUCGCUUCACCCAGAAGAUCAGACCCUGAAGCCAUUUAUCACAGUUCACACCGAAAUAGAGCCCCAGUAUUUAGCAAGCCGCUUAGCAUCAUGUCCCGACCCGACAGAUCUAACAUUGAACUCGGAAGCCUUCACUGCCCUCAUGGAGGGCUACUCGAUACACCAAGGAGACGACACCAACCAGUCAUCUCAAUCAUUACUCGCACUCGUGGACUUUGGUCUUCAGAAGUUACUGUCUUCGGCACCUACUAAAUGCUCUUACAUUCGUAUCAUUGAAAACAACCUCCAAAGCCUCCGCAAGCUAGCUCCGGUUAUUUUCAAUAGAGAAUACCGUGAAGCAAUGAACCAACGAGCCAUCUCAUGCCCCAUUAUCGCCAAAGCGGUCAACUCAAUGUUGGCCAACACCUCGAACCCAAUUUUGCAGACGGAAUUUUCUCACAUACCCGGGGACCGGAAACAGUGGAUUGAGAGUGGCCUGUGGAGAAUGGCUCAAACCCGCCUGCGCGAAUUGAAAGCCGCAAAGAAGUGCGGGUCUUUUCUUUCCCAAUGCUCAGUGAUAAGCACAGCCCCAACCAAUGGUGAAAGCGCCAUUGCGGCGUCCUGCCCAGCGGACAUCUUCAAUGAGGGAGAUAUCCUCAAUUUUGAUGACGACCGGAACUUGGAGAAAGGUAGUGCAAAUGGGGAGUUUGACGAUUUCCUGCAGACAACGCACACUGACUUCGAUGGCGAAUCAGAUGGCCCACUUCUUGGAAGCAGCAGUGAAUCCAGUUUCUGGGACCUGUACGAGUCUACCCAAACAACCCAGGCAACCGUAGACAGCUUUCCACUAUCUGAGACAUUCUCGCCUCCCAGUGAUACGGAUAUGUUACUUUUUGAUUGCGACCUUGGAUAG